AAGCAGCGUAUAAAUGACAUUAUUUAUAAUGAACACAAUGACUGUAUAAAUUGCAGAUGUUCGCCUGGGCAGCGCUUUGCAUCCUGCUCUCCACCCUGGCGGCGAAAGCAGCCGACAUUAAGAAUUCUGGUAUAUCUCAAUUCUGGACCGACGAUUACAAAGUUUUCGAUCAGAUUUACGGAAAGACUUCAGACAAGGAACUCUACGGAGCUUCAUUACCAUCUCGUGUCACGUAUGGCUUAGAUUUAAAGAAACCGAUCACAAUCGAUGCUUCAGAUAAGAAUGAAAGGUAUUUGUCCAACGGGAAGAGUAUACUGGAAUUUGACCCUCACACAUUUGAUAUGAGCGACAGGUAUGCUAAAUUAUUUGCCAAAUCGCUUUACUCAGAAAAAAGCAAGCCGUCAUCUGCCUUACAGUUCAUCAGUUUCUCAGAUUUCAAACCUAUAAGCGAAUCAACUGAUCCGGAAACUUAUAACUACUUAAAACAUUUAGAACAUUCGAAUAAGGAAAACUAUGGUAUUCCAAAGAAAUUAAGUAAUUUUAAAUCAUAUACUGAUGUUGAUUCAGAAGGAGAAACGGAUGAAGCAUAUAGAAGUAUCCAAGAUAUCCUAGAUGCCCAUGAAGCUAAUAAAGGUACAGAAUCUAAUGAAGAUGAAGAUGUGCCUGUAAGAUCUAAGGUAAAACACUAUGCACCUGAUGAUAGUGAUAGACUGAGAUAUUCUAAAAGCAGAAAUAGGAGUAAAGUGAGGUUCCUAAGCGGUAAUAGUAUAAAAUCUAGAUGUGUCACUGGAAGAUGCAGGACUCCAUCUGUACGUGUUAGUUCGAGACCGUAUAUUCGGAAAAUAAAGCACUAUCGGUAUUCUAGACGUUAAAACAUCAAAAUCGAUCUACCUGCAUAACAAAUGUGUGUUUUUCUAUUCUGAAAUACGUUUUGAGAUUUUAAGUUAAGUUAUUUAUAAAUAUUUAACGGUUCUGUUAGUGUAAGUAACUUUAUGUAAACUAGUUAAUAACUGAAUGUAAAUAAUGUUAUUAAUUUUGAAUUCUGCUAUUUAAACAACCACCGUUUCUAAAUAGAAGUUUAGUUACAUAAUUAACAUUAGAUAGACGAUCUAGUUAUAAUAUAUUGUUUUUUUAUUUUUGUAAAAUAAAAGUCGUUCAAAA